UGCAAUCGAGUGAAGCUAACAUGACUCGCCCGGUGGCAGACUGUCUCGACAGUUGCCCACCCCACUGUUCUACCGUCAAGGUCAGCAUCCUGUCACUUGGAAGCAAAAUGAUCGACAGCGACUACGGUAUAAGCCUGACCAUCUCACCAGAGGUGGACUCCAUUACGGAAGAACUCGACUACGUCCUCCUGAACCUGGUGGCCGAGCUGAGCGCUUCCAUCAGCUUCUUGUUCGGCCUCUCCGCCAUCGCCAUCUACGACUGGCUGGUCGCCUUCUGCGUCUGGUCGGCGAUCAAGCUGGGUCUGUUCAGGGACGCCGCCGGUGAGGACGACGAACCCGGCGCGUACGACGCCGAGGGGGCGCCGACGCUUUCCCCAGUGCCACGACUGCAGGUGCAGUCCGAGGACGAAGACACGUCGCCGUCACCCGCGCCGCCCGGCAAUGACACCAACGCCAGUCUCAUCUGGUACGUGGAGCCCAGCGCCAGGAAGGGCGGCAACCAGGUUGCGCCACUGGAGCCGGCGGGCGAGCAGCGCCAGAGUCCGAAUAGCCUCGACCUGCCCAAGGACCCCAGCCCGCUGGCGACGUUCUCACCGUCGACAGACGGCGCACUGGAGAACACCACCCCGAUCAACGCCUCGCCACAGCCAGACCCCAUGGCAUGA